AUGAUUAAUAACGAUUCUGAUGAAAAAACAACUACACAACAUGAUCAUCUAGUCCUUUAUAAUUUCAACGAACACAUAGUAAAACUUAGUGAGUUGUAUUGUGCAUGUCAAAAAGGUGAUGUUAACCGUUCACGUGAACUUCUAUCGACUAUUCCUUACCAUAAAAGAAUCUGGAAAUUAGAACCAAAUGGAGAUACAGCUCUGCAUGCCGCGGUUCGAGCUGGUCAUGCCUCUAUUGUUACUUUACUUUUCACACAUGGUUUUUCACGUAUUUCAAUCAAUAAAGAAAAUAAAACUGCUUAUGAAAUAGCUUCUAAUAAUGAUAUUCGUUCUUUAUUUCAUCGUUCAAUUGAUGAAUCUCAAUCACGUUUCAUCGAUCAAAAUAUCAAUCAAACAUUGAAGAUACUUGAUCUCAACUAUAAUACACAUGAUCAAGUUGUUUAUGACAAUAUCAAUGAUGCAAUAGAAUCUCGGUAUAUGGCUGUAUUUAAUCGAAUGCCUAGAUUUCUUAAAAAUAUUGUCAGAACCAUGACAGAAGCUAAAAGUCUACAAAUAUUUAAAAUGAUUGUUGCAAAAGUACAAAAUACCUAUAUAACUGGUACAGAUGAUCAAAUUUUAUUGAAAAACACAUUUGACGACUUUGUACGAACUAAAGAUAUCAAUCAUCUGAUUCAUUUGUAUACGUUGAAUGAUCUUUAUAAGGCUAUUCGAGAACAUGCAAACGCAUAUACAACGUUAGUAUGUUUGAAUUUAUCAUUGCUAUCCGAACGAAAAUAUCAAGGCAUCUGUUAUCGUGGAGUGGGUAUGACAAUACACGAUGUCAGUCGAUUUUAUUAUGCUAUGAAAACAUCAAGUAGUGUCAUAGAAACACGGAACUUAUCAUCAACAUCCAAAAAUAAAAUAGUCUCAUCGAUAUAUUCUGGUUUUGGUGCAUCACGUCUUGAUAAUUUGUACAGUGUUUUACUCGUAUUUGAAUUUUCAAAACCAUGUAGUACAGCUAUUGAUUUGACGCGAGUAUCAGAUCGUUUACCUACUAUAUCACAAUUUGAACAUGAAGAAGAAGUGUUAAUAUUACCAUAUACCUUAUUUAAAGUAACGAGAGUGACAGAAGAAACCGACAUUGAACCAUUUUCAAUUUAUUUACAAAAUGUAACCGUGCCUAAACAAUCACUUAUCAAUUUUUUUAGGAUGAAACCAGAAGAUAUUAAAUAG